AUGGAACAUAGCGGGAUUCUGGCUGGUCUGAUACUGGCUGCUUUUCUUCCCCGAGGGAGCUUCUUCAAGAUAACAGUGACUGAAUAUGAGGACCAAGUGUUUGUGAGUUGCAAUACCAGCAUUGUGCAUCUAGAGGGAACGGCGGAAGAAUGGUUUGCUGAAAAUAAAAUACUGAAACUGGGAAAAGGCAUCCUGGACCCACGAGGCUUGUAUGAGUGCACUGGGACAGAAAAUCUGGCAAAGGAAGUGUCUACUGUACAAGUAUAUUACCGAAUGUGCCAGAACUGUGUGGAGCUGGACUCAGCCACCGUGGCUGGCGUCAUCAUCACUGACCUCAUUGCCACUCUGCUCCUGGCUUUAGGAGUCUACUGCUUUGCAGGACAUGAGACUGGAAGGCUCUCUGGGGCUUCUGACAUUCAAGCUCUGUUGAAGAAUGAGCAGCUGUAUCAGCCUCUCCGAGAUCGUGAUGAUACCCAAUACAGCCGUCUUGGAGGGAACUGGCCCCGGAGCAAAUGAUCCCGAGACCAGGGCCUCUCAGAACAUCAUUAUCAAGUGUGCCUUCCCUCUGUGCUCAA